GGAAGAGCAGUAGUCCGGUGUCUGUCGUAUCUAUAGGUUAUCAGGAAAAGGCUUAGUGUUGUGAAUUCCAUUAGAAAUCACAACAAAGUGAUGUGCAGCAAUGAAGCAACAUCUCUCGCAGGACGACUCGCCCUGCCUUCGAGAUCAUGACUUAAUUGACAGUGAGUUGAUACAGCUUAGCUCCACCAGCCUGUAUGAUGCCGUGGGAGUUGGUGGAGCCAGAGUGGGCCUAGGUGUAUCAACAUCUAACCUUACCCUCUAUAAUGGGAGCAGGCAUUCCUCAGUGAACUCGACCAGGUCAGAGAACGGGCGUACGGGAUCUGGGCUGUCGCAUUACGUGCACGUUGCCGUGCGCAUACGACCUCUCAGCAAUGAUGAGAUACAGAGGAAGGACAGGUUCCUGCUGUCCGUGCCCCAGGCCGGACAGAUAUCGGUCGAGAACGAGGCAAUGGGACACAGCAAGACAUUUUGCUAUAACCAGGUGUUCCAACCUCUGGCGACACAGGAAGAGGUAUUCCACAACUGCGGCAUCACACACCUCAUAGACAUGGCCGUGAACGGGUAUUCUUGCACGACGUUUGCCUAUGGCCAGACUGGCUCGGGAAAGACCCACACCAUAACUGGACCGGUGAACAACAAUCGAGAGGGACCAGAAUUUGAAGCUAACUGGGGGCUCAUACAACGUUCCUUCCUCUACCUAUUCGAUCGGCUAGAGACGCGACCUGGGAUCACUUACGUCAUCAAUGCCUCCUACCUGGAAAUCUAUAACGAACAGGUACUGGAUCUGUUGAACCCAGCUCAGAAGAGGAGUUUGGCGAUUCGCUGGUCUAAGGAGAAGGGUUUCUACGUGGAGAAUUUAUUCGUGGUGGAGUGUGAAUGCCUGGACGACCUUCUCGCUGUGCUGGAUGAAGGGCUGAGGAACAGACAGACGCGGUCGAACACGUACAACGAGUACUCGAGCCGCAGCCACAGCAUGCUGACGCUACAGAUCGACAUCCACCUGCUGGACCGCGACGACGACAGCCUCUCGAUCACGAAGCAUGGCAAGCUGAGCUUUGUCGACCUCGCAGGCUUUCCCUACCAUCUACCUCAUUUCUUCAUAACGGUCAAUACUCAAUAG